AUGCAGCAACAACAGCAACAUCUGCAACAGGUGCAGGUGGACGCGCAGACUGCGGCUGCUCAGGCACAAGCCCAAGCCCAAGUGCAGGCUGUCCAGCAAGCGCACGCCCAGGCUCAAGCAGCCCAAGCAGUAGCGGCGCAGCAAGCAGCCCAAGCACAAGCCCAAGCACAAGCACAAGCACAAGCCCAGGCUCAGCAUCAACACGCUGUCCACGCAGAGAUGAAUCGGCGUCGGUCGUCAGGCGCGGGCUCCACGUCCGGCAGCGGCACUGGCCGACCGGGCCUGGACAUGACCUCGUUCAUGGCCACCCAUCGCCAGACGCACAACGUCCCAACACCAACGCAGGUGCAGCACAUGCACCUCCCGCAGACUGCGCUCGACCAAAUGGCCAUGCAGGACAUUGAGCGCCACCAGCGGUCCCAGAACGGCGGCAGCGGCGGUGCCGGUCAACAGGCAAUCGAACAGUACUGGUCGUUGCCCCAUGUCAACACUUUUCCCAUGCCGACCGGUCGCCCCGCGACCCAGCAAGUGAGGGGAACUGCCGAGAAUAAGAACAGCAACGCCGGCGGCGGCGGCGGCGGCGCUGGUAUCUCUGGCCGCUCACCCUCCGUGGGAGCAGCAACGGGGACAGGACCCAACACGCCCAGCGAGGAAGACCCCGUUCGGCCAUUCCUCGAAGGCCUGGCGGCCGCCGCGGAGACGCCCCAGCGUGCCCAGAUGUGGACCGAGCUUAUCCGUCUCAAGACCAGGUCACUCGAGCUGCAGAUCGCCGAGGCUCGCGCAAAGGAACGCGCUGCCGAGCUUGAACUGCAUCGCUUGCAAGCGGGUACAGCGCGCAUUGCCGCCGCUAGCAACCACCAGGCUCAGGCGGCGACAUCAAAUACCGCACAGCAGCAACCCCAGACACCCACGUCCUUCUUCCAGCAGCAGGCGCAGGCAACGCCCCAGCAACAACAGCAAAUUACCGCUCAGCAGCAGCAGCAGCAGCAACAGCAACAACAGCAACAGCAACAGCAGCAGGCUCAGCAGCAGGCUCAGCAGCCCCUCCACCCACAGCCAGACGCGACCGUGUUGCCAGACCAGCAGUUCGGGAGCUUCCCUCUUGUUACGCACGCGCGCUCGCCAGUGGUGGAGACCACUGCCAAUGCGUUCCCACAGGAUCUCAUCCCCAACAUGCCGGCUUUGCCCGCGACGAUGGGCGUGCCCCCCGUCGUCACACAUCAGAACCCGUUCGGCAAUGGACACGCGCUUACCGCGUUUGACCUCGAGGCCAUGCUGCAGCAGGAGAGUCUCGACAACCUCUUUUCGUGGCUGCCAGACACGGAGGGAAAUGUCUCUGGAAACCAGAUGGGCAUGGCCCACGGCAACGACAUGCUCGGUGGCAACGACCUCAUGAUGGGCAUGCACGGCAUGCCUGCUCCGAGCAUUGGCGAGCCGGCCACACCAGCGUCCCCGACAGUCAAGCGCCCGCUGUCCCCCGAGUCGGACGGCUCGCCCCACCAGCCACCGCCCAAGAAGGGCAAGCCGCGUGGCGAGAAGAAGAUUGUCAUUGAGCAGCACGCUUCCUGCCAGGCUUGUGGCAAGGUCGUGGCGCGCGUCCUCCUCCGUGCGCCCAAGAGCUCCAUCCCUAGCCCCGUCUCGGUCGAAUUCCGCUGUCAAGAGUGCACUGGUAUCCGCGCCGCAAACUCGCUCGACCCUCACGGCACGGCUGGCUCAAACAUUGGCUCUACAGAGGCACGCAAGCGCAUGCGCACAGCAAUGGAGGACGACGACCUCGUCAACGAGGACCCCGGAAACCGUCGGUGUUUCUGCGAUGUCUGCCAACGUGUUGUGGCCUGCGGGCAGGUUGUCGGUGGCACUGAGCGCGCACCGCUUGGCAGCAUGGCCGAAAUCAUCUGCACGUCGUGUGACGCGAAAUAUCAGAGGUGUACCGACUGCGGUGGCGGUGGUGGCCCUCGUGUGGGCAUUGGAAAGUGGCGUCUCAAGCAAGUCUUCCAACCUGGGCGCAAGACGUGUUCCCUGUCCCACUCGCGUCUUGGAGACCGCCCACGCGAGAUUGGCGUCCAUGUCACGCCUACAGACUUUACACCUGAACAGCUCAAGGAGGUGUUGCUGCGGUGCAAGAACCUGUGGACGGAGAAGACGCUCAGCCGUCUCGCCGUGCCGGAAAUGCUAGAAAUCGAUCUACCUCCAGGACUAGUCAACCCCUUGCGCAACUACCAGGACGUCGACGACAUUGUCACUCGUUGCUGGCCGUCGCGUGAGGCCAUGAUCCGCGCGGACGGUGUAGACCGCAGUCGUUUCAAGCGCGUGCUCGGCCUCACGUGGGCGCACUCGCGCCCACGCCGUACAGUACGUACGGUCGACCUCGAGGAAGAAUACGCGCGCACAGCCGACCCAGGAGAGGAUGACGAGAUGAGCACCGUCUUGGCCAAUGUGAAGAGGACCAACGUUGUUAUCCCGGCGGGCUCUGAGCUCAUCGGCAUGUGGGGAGGCGAAUGGGACAUGGUACAUGGCUCGCUGCUUGUGUCCACUCUCAUUCCAUUCGAGGGGACCGACGGCGAAGACACCUCGGCUCUCUCCGUGGGCGAGCUGAUCUCCAAGGUCCAGCUCCUCCAGGACCAGAUCAAGCAGGAGCGUAUCGCCGAGGCCGCACGUCUGGGCACGGACCCGGAGCCUGUCCGGCCAUGUGAACACCUCUGGGUCGUCUCGGGCGGCAGCAUGCCACUUAUCAGGGAGCGCAUGGCCGACAUUCUUGUGCGCAAGCGCUCCUUUGUCCAUGUGGAAGAAUACCUCACUCGCCACCCCGAUUUCCUCGAAGCGCUCAAGGCUCGUCCUGUCGGCCUGCACCCAGACCUGCACCGGCCCAUGCCGCACCAGCUGUCGGGCAACGACAAGGACUACCAGCCGCCACAGCCGCUCAUCCUCGUCCGCUGGCUGGGCAAAGAUUUCGACGCGCAGAGGAUACUCGAGAUCAAGCAGAUGGAGUUUGGAGGCGGGAAGAACAAGGGCAAGCUCAAGAAGAUGCCAAAGAGCAAGGUGUAA